UUGUUUUUUAUUGUGUUUUGCAAAACUGGGUGUUGUGAUUGUUGUGUUGUUUUUGCAUUUCCAAUAUAUUUAAUUAAUUCUGUUUAAAAUGGCUAACGACACGCCAGAAAGCGAUUUUUCUAUAGAGUGCUUCCAAAACUAUUCAGCCCCCGAGGUUUUCGUGCAGGGCCUCGCUGGUAUGGUUGAUCAGAACGAUGUAGAGACACUCAUACGAGCUCAAAAGAACAUGCUGCAGCGUUUUGAGAAAACAACCGAGAUGCUCACAAACUGCAACCAGCUGUCGGCGAGUCGCCUGAGGACCGCCUCCGUGGAGUUCAAGAAGCACACACAACUCCUACUGGACAUGAAGAAAGAUUUGAACUACAUAUUCAAAAAGAUACGAGCCAUCAAAACUAAACUGAGCUCACAGUACCCAGAGGCCUACAAAGCAGCCGUUGCAGCCUCAGCAGCUAACAAAAAGCCAGUUGAUGAAGAUGACGAAGAAUUCAAGCCACCAGAAACAAAACCGGAAUCCAGAAUGGUGUCUACCGUCUCCACAGAGACUCUGAAACCAAGCACAAGUGAAGAGAGUAGGAAGAAGAAAUUCAAAAAAGUUAGCAAGCCCGAUGGUAACGGGAACUGUCAGGCCUCCGGUAGCGGUGCCAUUGAAGGAGUUGAGGAAGAGAAGGUUAAACGAAGCAGUAGCUCCUCAGAGACGGAAAGUGCAAGUUCUGGGGACGAUGCUAGCACAGAUACCGGUUGAAAGAAUAAAAAAAAAAGACUUGAUAUAUAUUUUGCUUUACUGUGAAUCUGUGAUGCAUACUUCUUGAUUUCUGUUUAGUGUCAACUCAAGGAAACCACAAUUAAUAGUACAUUUUGUUAAUGUUAUAUUAAUGUUUAUUUUGUUGUAAAUUUAAUUACUGAUCUCUUACAUACCAGUGUCUAAAAUUGCGAUGUUAAUUAGAUAAGAAAAUUGCCUAUGCUAAGUUAUGUGAAUCAAUUUUGAACUACUUGUCAAGGUACUGUAUACCAGUUCCACAUAUUACACAUGAACAUAUACUAAAAGAUGUAGCUGAGAGUCCAAUUGUAAUAAAAUAAAAAUAUGGAUGAUGUGACGUUACACACUAUGAAAUAAAUAAGUACAAUAUCUA